UCACAGUGACUUUUUUAUCCUGUAUGAAUAUUUCUUAAGAAAAUUUCUUAUACUUAUUAGCUAAUAUUUUUGCUUUUAGAAGUAAAUAAAUAAAGUUUCAAUGGCUGCCACAGACUCAAAAACCUUGGCAUGGAUCAAUUAUUGCUGUCGAGAGGGAUUUUAUCGGCAGCUACAAACUGUAUGCUUGGACUCACUAAAAAAGUAUGGAAAUGACUAUGUUCUGGUGUUUUGGAAAGCAUAUGGAAUGCUUAUGGAAGACAACAUAACUGAAGCAAUCUAUGAGUUGCAAUCAAUUAAAGAUAAACCUGAUGUCAUAAUAUGUUCAUUGAUGGCACUAAUUGUUGCUAAUAAGCGAGCUAAAAAUGUUGAUAAAGCAGUUGUUCAGCAACUGGAAGCAAAAUUAAAAGCAGAAAGAACUCAAUGUAGUGAGACUGCUCUUUUUUUUGGUAGUAUGUUUUUGUUUCACAACAGCCGAGCAGACAAAGCGAGAGAGUAUAUUGAUAGAAUGCUGAAAAUGAAUAGUAGUUCUGUUCAGGGCUUGAUCCUUAAAGGAUGGAUUGAUAUGCGAAGUUCAAAAGACCAGUAUGUGAAAAAGUCUAUCAAGUACUUUGAUGAAGUAUUGAGUGGCUCUGUAAAAGAAAUUGACGCUCUGUUAGGAAAGAUUGAGUAUUUGAAAAUAAAAAAUAAUUUUACUGAAGCAUUGGAGCUUGUCAACCAGCUAAUUGUCAUUUAUCCAGACUUUUAUCCCGGACUUGUCGAAAAAAUGAAGAUCCAACUAGCUCUACAAGACUGGGAACAGGUUUUGGAAACAUCUGAAAGAGUAUUUAUUUUGGAUAGCCAAAAUAUUGAGGCUUUGCAUUUGGUAAUUCUCGAACUUGUUUCUCAAAAGUCUAAUUAUAAUGAAGCCAUAGAAAAAAUCACACGUCUAAUCCAGGUUUUAGACAGAAGAGAACCUAAGAAUCCUUUUUUGUAUGCUUCAUUUGGAAAGACUUAUGCUCGAAUGUGUGGAAGAAACAAAAAUGUAUUAAACCAAUCUUUAACUCUAAUUGAACGAGCACGAUCUUUAUCACCUAGAAAUGCAGAUUUUUUUAAUGAGACUGGUUAUCAACUUAUGCUUCAAAAUAACAUUAAAGAAAGUUUAAAGGCUUAUCAGCAUGCAAUGAAGAUAGACGAAUCUAGUGUUGCUGCGUUAACUGGAAUUAUUCAGUGUCAGAUUCUAGAAAAUGAACUUAGUGAAGCUGAACAACAACUUGAGUUUUUCAAAGAAAUACAAAGUUCAAUCGGAAAGACACCUGAAAUUCUUUAUCUCAGUGCUUUAAUGGCAAUGAAAAAAGGAAAGUCGUCUGAAGGAGUUUUGCAAACUUUGCAGGAAACUAUAGAAGCCCAUUUUUCUGUUUUGAUGGGUUUAACACUAAGUACUAAGUACUUUGAGCUAUUGAACCCAGACUUCUUACUCCAAAUUGUUGAUAUGCUUAUGUUGUAUGCACCAUCAGAACCUUCAGGAAAAUCACAAAUGAAUAAUCCAAUACUUAAAAAAUGCUCUUUGAUUUUGGAUCCAAUUGUGAAAACAGUUCCUGGCCUAAUACAAGCUCUUUAUUCACUAGCAAAUGUCAAAUAUAUAGCUGGAGACACUGAUUAUGCAAAAGUGAUGUUGCAGCAAUGUUUAGAGCGUGAUUCAACUUUUGUAAAUGCACACAUUCUAAUGGCUCAGAUCUACUUACAGUGCAACAACUACAGUGCUUGUGAGGCUUCACUUGAAAAUGGGCUCAGUUUUAACUUUGAAGUAAAAAAUAGUCCAAUAUAUCAUAUCAUCAAAGCAAAAAUAUUAAAAAAAAAUGAUAAUUUAGAUGAGGCUUUAAAAACAUUAGUGACAGCAAUGAAUAUUCCUGGAGUUAAAAAAGCAGCCCCUGCUGGUGCAAAGGUCAACUAUAAUGUUACUUCCAGUAAUCGUGUGGCUGUAUAUUUAGAGCUAGCUGACUUGCAGCGACUUCUUGGCAUGCAACAUGAAGCUACAAAAACAAUUCAAGAUGCUAUGAAUGAAUUUUCUGGAACUCCUGAAGAAAUCAAGGUGACACUAGCCAAUGCUGAUUUUGCCGUUUUGCGUGGAGAUAUUGAUCAGGCAUUAACAUUAAUGCGACAAAUUGAACCAGAACAAAGUUACUAUCUUCAAGCUAGAGAAAAGAUGGCAAAUGUUUAUUUAAAGCACAGAAAAGAUAAAAAGUUAUUCAUAAGCGUUUAUAGAGAGCUUGUUGAUAAGAAACCAAAUACGGAAUCUUUUCUUCUAUUAGGAGAUGCAUACAUGAGCAUUCAAGAGCCUGAAAAAGCUAUAAACGUUUAUGAGGCAGCAUUAAAAAAAAAUCCUCGCGAUAUCCAUCUUGCAAGCAAAAUUGGUCAUGCUCUUAUUAAAACACAUCAAUAUUCUAAGGCUAUUAGUUAUUAUGAAGCAGCACUAAAAUCUGGAGGCCAGUCUUUCUUAAGAUUUGAUUUAGCUGAGUUGCAUAUGAAGCUUAAAAACUUUGACAAAGCAGUGAGGAUAUUGAAGCAAAACCUUAAGGAAGAUGACUCUUCUGAUGAUUUGUCAAAAUUAUUUGAUGAAGCAAAAUGUGCUUACUUGCUGGCACAAAUUGCUUUUGUUGCAUCCAAAACUAAUGAAAGUGAAGAAAUCAUUCAAGGCUUCUUGCGAGCACGUGAUUUACAGGGAAGGGUUAUAAAGCGUGUUGCACUUGAACUUCCUGAUGAGCUUAUUGCACAGAAAAAGUUGGCUGCAAAGAUAUGCUGCGAUCUUGGUGAAUACUACAGCAAAAAUAAAGAUUUUGAAAAAUCCAUUGUGUCAUACAAAGAAGCUAUUUCAUAUAACGAUAGUGAUGUUUCGCCUCAUCUAUCUUUAGCAAAAAUAUACCUAAGCAAUAAUGACUUGGAUAUGUGUCAGUAUCAACUAGUGUCAAUAUUGAAGAAUGAUAAAAACAACAACAAUGCCAUUCUGAUGUUAGCUGAUUUGAUGUUCAGAAAAAAUGAAUAUGAUGCUGCUACAUUUCAUUACCAACAACUACUGGAAUACAACAAAUGUAAUUAUGACGCUCUUUCUAAACUCAUUGAAUUACAUAGAAGAACUGGAAAAAUAAGUGAAACAGAAAAAUUUUUUAUUCAGGCAAAAAGGUCUAAUCCUCGAGCUACUUUUGAAGCUGGUUAUAACUUUUGCAGAGGCUUGUUUGAAUGGUAUUGCAAUAAUGCUUCAGCAGCACUUCAAAGUUUUAAUCUUGCAAGAAAAGAUAUUGUUUGGGGUGAACGUUCUUUAUAUAGUAUGGUAGAAAUCUGUAUAAAUCCUGACAGUGAACUUUUGGGAGGAGAAACUUUUGAAUCAGUUGAUAAUGGCGCAAAACAAACCGAAAAAGUAGAUUCUGAUCAAAUGGCUUUAAAAACAGCUGAAAAACUGUUAAGCGAAAUUAAAUCACAAGAAUCAUUGAAGUUUAAAGUUCUACAAAACAAAACGCUGAUAGCUACCAAGGAUAAUCGCAUAGUUCAAAAAGCUUUAUUUAAUCUUACAGAAAUUGUGGAGGCUAAUAAAGAUUGUGUACCAGCGCUAUUAGCCAUGUCUACAUGUUUUAUGCUUUUAAAGCAAUCUCCAAAAGCUCGUAAUCAACUAAAACGUCUUGCCAAAAUGACAUGGAAUCCAGAGGAAGCAGAAGAUUUUGAAAAAGUAUGGUUAUCUCUGGCUGAUAUAUAUAUACAAAGUGCAAAGUAUGACAUGGCUUUAGAACUUUUGAAAAAGUGUCUCACUUCAAAUGAGAGUUGCGCAAAAGCAUGGGAAUACUGUGGUUUUAUAAUGGAGAAAGAACAAAAUUAUCGAGAAGCGUCUAUAAAGUAUGAAAAAGCAUGGAAGUAUUCUAACGAAUCUAACCCCGCUAUUGGUUAUCGGCUUGCUUUUAAUUAUUUGAAAUCACAAAGAUAUGUUGAUGCUAUUAAUAUUUGCAACCAGGUUUUGGAUAAAUAUUCGAAUUAUCCCAAAAUAAAAAAAGACAUUUUGGAUAAAGCUAGAUCUCUUGUUCGAUCCUAAAUAUCAAGUGUGUUUUAAAAAUCCGAUAAAAUUUUUUUGGGAAAAAAUUUUCGUGAUCACGCUUGCGUUUUAUGAAACACACGUUUAUUAUAUAUUUAAAUUUUUUUUUUAAAAAAAAGAUUUUUAAUUGUACAUGCUUUUAAAUAAUUUAUACGAAAUAAUAUAUUGUAUUAAAAGAUUAUAACUAUUUAAAAAUAGAAUACUUUAGUAAACUGUUUUAUUGUUCGUCUGAUUCCGAUGUGAAAUGAAAACAGCGCUUAAAACAGGGCAAAAAAUUCAUUUAACAUAUAAAUUCUGGUUGAGCUUUCUUUCAUUUAGUUUCUCAUUUUAUUUCAAAAUCUCGCACAAUAUUUUGGUACUGAAUAAUUUUUUUAAUUUCGGAUAAUUCCCAAUCAAUUGCUUCGCUUGUUUUUCGUGAUCUUGCUGCGUUCAUUAGUUUAAGGGAAUCCUCGGGCAUUAACUGAAUUUCUGAAAUAGCAUUGCGACGUCCUUUCAUUAAAGCUUGAUUCAUGAAGAACAACUCUUUUACAAGCGAUAAUUCUUCAUUUUCCGCUUUCUUUUGUUGAUCAUCAAUUAAAUUUUGGGUGUGGGGACCCAACCCUGAUAUUUUUCGUAUUUUUUUGAUGAAGGUGUGCUCUUCCAUUCCUAGCAACUCAAACAAGAAGAUUUUUG